AUGGCACUUAAGAGUUGUGCUUUAGGUGCGAGAGAUGGGCAAGACCAACAUGGAGUCUACAGCUGGACAGUAGCGGGAAAUAUGGUGUAUGCACACAUUACACUAUCGUCACCAUUGUCCCUUGAGCUUUCGGCAACGCUUAAAGUUAUCAAAGUAGAGUACCGUGACGAAGUAUCAUGA